AUGCUCCCACUCGCUUUGUUGCUGCAGGACCAGCAACGCAUAGCCGAGUUUUAUGGAUAUCGGGACGAGGGCUUCGUGGCUACCAUGGCCGGCUUGCGGACGGACCUCCUCCGGCCUCGAUUGUACGUUGGGAACAUGGCAGACGCUGCCUAUUGGCCAAUGCUGAAAAAGUUGGGCAUCACUCACAUCGUGAAUUGCGCUAUCGAGGCGCAAAAAGUGCCGCCUGCCUAUGAAUCGCAUGGCAUCAAGUACUUGCUGCUUCCUUGGCAAGACCGGGAAGAGGAAACGCGAAACCUCACUCGGCAAAAGUUCAAGGCUGUGAAGGGAGCAACGAAGUACAUCUCCACGGCUCUUCAGGGGCGCAACUCGGAGAAUUCCGAGAAUGUUGUCCUCGUGCAUUGCGUGCAGGGCCUCUCCCGAAGUGCCGCCUUGGUUUGCGCGUAUCUCAUGGAGUUUGAGGGCCUUGGCUUAGACCGUGCUCUCUCCGAGGUUAAAUCCAAGCACAAAGGAUGUUUGUCGUCACCUCACUGGCAGACCCUGCUGCACAAGUUCAAUGCGGAGUUGCUCCGGGGGUCCUGA